GUAGAGAUGGAGCUCUGCCCCACACCGGUGGACGUCCCAACACCGGACGGCCCGGAGAGGAAGAGGAGGAGAAUGAGGAGGAGGGAGGAAGAGGACGUUGUCAUGGAGACCAGUGAGACAGAGAAGAAGAAGAAGAGGGAGGAAGAGGAGGAGAAUCUUCCUGUUGAUGAAGAGGAAAGCAGCCAGAAGAUGAAGAAGAAAAAGAAGAAGAGGAGGGAGGAAGAGCAGGUCGUCAUGGAGACCAGUGAAAGAGAGAAGAAAAAGAAGAGGGAGACGCAGGUCGUCAUGGAAACCAGUGAGACAGAAAAGAAGAAGAAGAAGAAGAAAGACAAGACGGCGCUGAGUGAAGAGAGCGUCGCCACGGUAACAACACCCCAAAACCACAGAGAAGCAGACGUACAUGAACCGAAGAAGAAGAAGAAGAAUAGAGCUGGGAGGGUGGAGGAAGUGAUGAAGACAAGGAAAGAGGAGAGGAGGAGAGAGACGAAGAAGAAGACAGCGGGAAGAGGAGGAAGAAGAGAGAAGAAGAGAGACGCUGCAGACGAGCAGGUGGACCCGGCACUGUUGGACGAGCUGCAGGACUUUGUUCCAGACGUGAGGAAGAAAUCCGUCAGCGAGGUCAAGAAACUGAUCAAGUACGACCUGCAGCGCUUCAGGAACUUCAAACAGCAAGGUGUGUCUCUGCGUUGGGGCCGCUGCACCCGGGAGGAGAACCUGCAUAUCAGAAAGAACGUGGCUGACUUCCUGGUUCUGACGGGCAUCGGCUCGGCCAAUCAGCUUCUGUUUCCUGAGAGGUACAAAGAUCAGAUGCGGCCAAUCAGGAAGCUGCGAGCACAGCAUCACUUCCUGGAGAGGAUAGCUGAGGGGAUUCCUCGUACUUGUCAUCAAGUUUACAUGAGAGUGAAGAAGAUGUUUGACGAAAGGAACAACAUGGGAUGGUCAGUUCUCGGAGGAGGAGGUGCGUUCUCUGACAAAGUUACAAAAUCUCCAUGGUAACGACUGGAAGAAGAUCGCUGAGAAGAUGGACCGCAGCAUCUUCGCCCUCGAGAAACGCUUCGCCCACAUCGUUGAGGGACGGGGUGCGUGGAGUCCAGAAGAAGAGGCCCGGUUGAAGCGGGCUAUAAAGGCUUACCUGGAGGAUGUGGUCCAGCAGAGUCCUGGUCCCGGUUUGACCAGAGACCAGCUGUGUAACAAGCUGCCUUUGAAAAGCAUCAGCCGGCAGGUCGGGACCCGGUCCUGGAGCCAAUGCCGAC